AUGCCCGCGACGACCAAUCCACUGCUCUUGACGCAGGGGGCGAUAACCAUCCAAGGACCCAACUCUCUCCGCUGGUCGACCAAUGUCGCUAUUCCGGAAAUCACGGCAGACCAGAUCCUGGUGCAAACCAAGGCCGUCGCGCUCAAUCCAUCCGAUUGGAAGAUGAUCGAUAACGCAACGGUCACCCCGGGCCCAGUCAGCGGUGGUGAUUUUGCCGGUAUCGUUGUCCAAAGAGGCAGCAAGGUUCGAGGAGUUGAACUUGGAGACCGGGUGUUUGCCUACGUUUUUGGGGCUAAUCCAGCCCAUCCCUCGGACGGCGCAUUUGCGGAGUAUGUAGCCGCAGUUCCAGACCUGUGCUUUCGCAUGCCACCAUCCAUGACCUUUGAAACUGGUGCUUCCCUCGGUUUGGGCUUGAUGACCGUUGGAUUGGUGUUCAAGUCAUUUGGAUUGCGCCCCUUUGAGUCACCGAGCCCUAAUUUGCGGGUGAAGCCGUACGUGCUGAUCUACGGAGGCUCGACCGCCACCGGAACGUUGGCGAUCCAGCUGUUCAAGCAUCACGGCUUCCUUCCCGUCGCCACCUGCUCCCCGAGGAACUUUGACCUGGUGCGGGGACUUGGCGCAGAGGCCGUUUUCGACUAUGCCUCUUCCACGUGCAAAGAGGAUAUUCGCGCACAUACCAAGGGGCAACUAGCGUAUGCCAUGGACGCUAUUGCUGAUUCGCGCGCCACAACUGUCUGCUACGGUGCCAUCGGCGAAGCUGGGGGCCGGUACACAGCCCUGGAAGCCUAUCCGGAGAGACUGAGGGGUCGUAGGAAGAAGGUCAAGCCGGACUGGAUCCUUUGUCCCACUAUUUUCGGUGAAAGGAUCGACCUCGCCGGAUCUUACCAGCGUGUGGCGCUGCCGGAAGACCGCGAGUUUGCUGUCCGUUGGGCAGUCCACUGUAAUGCUUUGCUGAAGGCGGGGAAAUUACAGGCCCAUCCAAUCCAGGUUCAGCCGGGGGGGUUACAAAGAAUCAUCCAUGACUUGGGCCUGCUCCGGCAGAAGCAGGUUUCGGGGAAGAAGCUUGUCUAUCCGUUGUCUUGA